CUGCCCGCGCCCGUCAUGGUGCCCGUCAUGGUGUGGCAGGUGCGCCACAACUACCACCCCGACUGCGAGGCCGCCGUCAACAGCCAGAUCCAGGUGCAGCUGCACGCCUCCUACGUCUACGUGUCCUUGGCCUUCUUCUGCCACCGCCCACAAGUGGCCCUGGAGCACUUCGGCAACUUCUUCCUGCGCCUGUCGCACGAGUGGAGGGACCGCGCCGAGAAGCUGAUGGAGCUGCAGAACCACCGCGGAGGCCACAUCCGGCUCCACGACGUGGAGCAGCCCCAGCGCAAUGCCUGGCACAGCGGCCUCCAGGCCAUGGAGUGCGCCUUCCACCUGGAGAAGAGCCUCAACCGGGGCCUCCUGGAGCUGCACCACCUGGCCGCCGAGAGGGGCGACCCCCACCUCUGCCAGUUCCUGCAGCGCCACUAUCUGCACCAGCAGGUCCUCAUCAUCCGCGAGCUGGCCGGCUACCUGACCAACCUGCGCAGGAUUCAGGCCCUGGAAGACCCCAUGGCCGAGAUCCUCUUUGACAGGCUCACCCUGGGCCGCAGCUACAAGGACGACUGAGCAGAACUGUGCCCAGCCCAUGCCACCCCCCGGGUGGGUCCCCAGGCCAGGCCUACACGUUGCCCUUUCAGCAAGUUCCCUUCAGUUUGGGCCUUUCAGUUUGAUUGUUACUUCCAAUAAAGUUAUUUAUUUGGUUUUUAAUGAAAUAAAGGUGUUCUGUUGGUGUGUGUGUGUGUGUGUGUGUGUAUGUGUGUAUGAGAGAGAUAGAGAGACAGAAAGAGAAACUCUCACUUUUCCAGAAUGAGGGUAGAUCUUUGCGUAUCCAGGAUUCUUUCUGCCCACCCUUGUCCCAUCCACAAGCUACUCAGAAUCUCCAUGGGUAAAGAGGAAAGGUAUACCAGGAGCCCCUGGAAAACACAAAAUUAAUCUUCCCUUAUAAACAAUAUG